AUGGCUCGUGGUCUCAUUGCCAUUUGUCUCAUCACUUUGCUAGCCUGUUCAUCUGUGGAAGGUCGAGGCCUAGAACUAGCACAUUUAAAUGGAGCUGAACAUCAGUCCGUGGGGGAUCAUGUUCACGGAGUUGUAGCAAAUGUGACAGUGGGUGGGUUCAACCUUCAGUUAAAUUUAAGCAACCCUAAACUUGUUGAAGAACUGAAAAUUAAACGAUCAGACUUUCCAUCCGAUUUUCUGUUUGGAGCCGCCACUUCUGCUGCACAGAGCGAAGGGUCAGCUAAAGAAGGAGGGAGAGGACCAAGUGGUUGGGAUCAUCGCAUGGAAACACUCCCAGAAAAACUUCGAAACAGUACAAAGUUCCCUAUGGCAGUCGAUGGAUAUAAACGAUACAAGGAGGAUAUUAAGCUUAUCAAGGACGCUGGACUAAAUUCUUACAGAUUUUCCAUCUCCUGGAGUAGGAUUUUACCAAAGGGAAGCUUAAGUGGCGGAAUUAACCAAGAGGGUAUUGAUUACUACAAUAGCUUGAUCGAUGAGCUAAUAAAAAAUGGCAUCACACCUUUCGUGACGAUUUAUCACUUUGACAUGCCACUAGCCCUGGAAGAGAAGUAUGGAGGCUUACUGAAUCGCUCGUUCGUGAAUGACUUUAGAGACUAUAGCGAGCUUCUAUUCAAAAAGUUUGGAGACAGAGUUAAACAUUGGUUCACAAUUAAUGAGCCAAACAUUCUUGCUCAAUUUGGUUAUGAACUUGGGAUUUCCCCACCAGGGAGGUGUUCACUUCCAUCAACCCUUUGUGCAUUAGGGUCUCCUGUGAAAUGUUUCGAGACUGUCGGCCCGUGCAAGUUUGGUGGCAACUCGUCAACAGAGCCUUACACUGCAGCCCAUAACAUUAUCCUUGCCCAUGCCACUGUGGUUAAGCUCUACAAAGAAAAAUAUCAAGAACAACAAAAGGGUGAAUUGGGAAUCGUCCUCGCUUCACAAUAUUUUUUGCCCUAUACACAAUCAGAGGAAGAUAAAGCCGCAGCAGGACGACUUUUUGACUUCUACCUCGGAUGGUUUAUGGGACCAUUAGUAUUCGGAGAUUAUCCUGAAAGUAUGAAGGAGAGGGUGAAGGAUAGGCUUCCCACUUUUUCCGCAGAAGACAAAGUUCUGCUCAAUGGGAGUGUAGGGUUGGUUGGUAUCAAUUAUUAUACAUCAACAUAUGCCAAACAUAAGGCUCCUCCUCCAGGUGAGGCGUUGCGUUAUUCCUUCGAUCAAUGGGCCGAAACAAUAGGUAAGAUAUCUUGCUCUCUAGAGCCAUAAGGACAAAUGACAAAUCAAACAUCAAGCAUAGUUUUAAUAUUCCGUCAUGUUGAUCGUGUUUUGAUUGUUUCAGCUAUCAAAGAUGAAGAAA